CCUUGUCUUCUUCUGUCGUAGCAUGCAGCAGGGGAAGAUGUUCUUUUUCAUGGGCAUUACCAUGGCAGUGAUCCAGGGCGGAUAUGCCCGCAGGAUCAAACCGGGCCAUCAGAUCCAGACUCUUAGCGUGGCAAUUAUAUCACUUAUCCCAGCGUUCUUGCUCAUUGGAAUAGCAUGGAAUUUGACACUACUCUAUUCUGGCUUAUUUUUGUACUCUAUUGCUGCUGCUAUUGUUGUUCCAUGCCUUUCAACACAAGUGUCUGGACACGGCUCAGCCAGUCAGAAGGGAACUGUCAUGGGAAUCCUUCGGAGUCUUGGAGCUUUAGCUCGAGCACUGGGCCCUAUUGUGGCUUCUUCAGUGUACUGGUUGGCUGGAGCAGAAUAUAUCAGUUUUAUAAUCAGUUCAGUGUUCUUUAUAGUCCCUCUGGUUUUACUGAGUCGAGGAAUGAGAUUGAGAGUUUUAGGAUUCACUCUUGUGUCUCUAGUUUUGUCUAAGAUUUAUUUUCAUAAGCUAACCAUUUUGUAG